UCUUGAGCCUCCUGAGCGGAGGAGGGUCAGUGUGGCAGUCAGUCUGUCAGGUGAGACACCAGAGCAGAAGAAGGUGUGUGUGUGAGUGUGUGUGUGUGUGAGUGUGUUCUCGUAACAGUCCCGCCAGUGUUUGAUAACACCGUGUCCAGAACCAUGUUGUCGUUUGAAGACGUUAAAGUGAGAUUGGAGUCGGCUGGUCAGAGCCACGUCCUGCGGUUCUGGUCCGAGCUUUCGGCGGAGGAGAGGAGCGCGUUUCUGGCCGAGCUGCGCGCGCUGGAGCCCGCGGAGCUGCAGAGACACUGCCGGAGCGCCGCCGAGGCCGCGAGCCGAGCCGCGGGAGGGCGGGAGGAGGAGGAGCGGCUGCGCGGGCGCAUGGAGCCGGUGGAGCCCGAGUUCGUCGGCGGGGUGCGGAGGAGUGACCGGGGCUCACUGCGGGACUGGGAGGAGGAAGGGUUUUCACAGAUAGGCCAAAACAAAGUGGCCGUGCUGCUAUUAGCUGGCGGGCAGGGAACCAGACUCGGAGUGGCGUAUCCUAAGGGGAUGUACGACGUCGGGUUACCGAGUGGCAAAACUUUGUAUCAGAUCCAAGCAGAGCGGAUUCGGAAGGUGCAAGAGUUGGCGAGUGCGAAGUGUGGUACCAAGUGUACAGUGCCUUGGUAUAUAAUGACCAGUGAGUUCACCCUGGAGCCCACAGAGAAGUUCUUCAAAGAGCACAGCUACUUUGACUUGGAACGUUCCAACGUGGUGAUGUUCGAGCAGAGGAUGAUCCCGGCUGUCGGCUUUGAUGGGAAGGUUAUUCUGGAAAAGAAGAAUAAGAUAGCGAUGGCUCCGGAUGGAAAUGGAGGCCUUUAUCGUGCUCUUUUAGACAACAAGAUCUUAGAAGAUAUGGAGAGAAGGGGCGUGCAGUAUCUUCAUGUUUACUGUGUCGACAAUAUACUGGUUAAACUGGCUGAUCCACUGUUCAUUGGCUUCUGCGUGAAAAAAGGAGCUGACUGUGGUGCUAAGGUGGUAGAGAAGGCGUAUCCGUCCGAGCCUGUGGGUGUAGUGUGUCGCGUAGAUGGGGUGUACCAGGUGGUGGAAUACAGCGAGCUGGAGCCCAAGAUUGCAGAACAGCGCCACCCGGGCGGAGAGCUAGUGUACAACGCUGGAAACAUCUGCAAUCACUUCUUCACCAGAGACUUCCUGCGGGAAGUGGCCCUGAAUUUUCAGGAGAAACUGAAGCAGCAUGUAGCCAUCAAGAAGGUGCCGUUUGUGGAUGAUCAGGGUAAUCUUGUGAAACCUACGAAACCGAACGGAAUAAAAAUGGAGAAGUUUGUCUUUGACGUCUUCCAGUUUUCAAAGAAAUUUGUUGCCUUUGAGGUUCUGAGGGAGGACGAGUUCUCGCCUCUGAAAAACGCGGACGGUGCGGCCGUCGACACUCCGACCACAGUGAGGCGCUCUCUGUUGGCUCAGCACUAUCGCUGGGCAUUGCAAGCCAAAGCUGUCUUCGUGGAUGAGCACGACAACCCCAUUACUUCAGAAUACAGGACAGCUCAAGAUGGUGACCCUCCAGCAAUUUGUGAGAUCUCUCCACUCGUGUCUUAUUUUGGAGAGGAUCUGGAGAAGCUGCUCAAAGGCAGGACCCUGAAAUCCCCAUUUCUGCUAAAUGAAAAUAAUGUCAACAGUUAAAUGUAUAUUUCAGAUUAUUUUUCUGAACUUUUUAUAUUUAAUCAAAUGACUUUGGAAGAAGGGACCUGCAGUAUGAAACCCUCUGAAAAGAGAUUUUUAUACAUAUUUGUUUACAUGUAUUAUUACAAUCAUGAAUUUUGAGAGAUGAAGAAAAGCAGUCUGACUUUAAUAAAUGAUCUAUUAUGCAUCAA